UCCGAGUUUGACCCCAAACCUCCAACUUUUCCCCUCCAAAAAAAACCCCAUUAAAUCGCUCUCAUUUCACGAGGAACCACUGAGCUUGGAGGACUCCGCCUAGAGCGCCUCCACGGCUACCAUAGAGCCGCGCCUCUCCCUGCCCAGCGCGCCUACCACCCAUGGCGGGGAUCACAGAGGUGGAGGACUCAGCCCCCAGAGCGCAUCCACGGUGACCAUAGAGCGGUGGAGGACUCAGGCUAGAGCGCCCACCCGCGGAGGCCCCAUAGAGAGGCAGCGGAGACCAUAGAGAAGCGGGGAUGGAGCGGCCGCUGUGCCGGGAGCUGUGGGGGUCCCGUGAAGUCGCUCAGUACCGGGAGGGGUUCGGGGGGCGCCUCGAGAGGCUCCGCGGCCCCGGGGGGAACCUGGCGGGACGGCUCAGGCGGGCGGCGGCGCGGGUGCUGCUGCCUCAGGGGUUCCCCGACAGUGUCAGCCCCGACUACGUGAGAUACCAGUGCUGGGACAGCGCCCAGGCGCUGUGCAGUUCGCUCUCGGGCUCUCUCUCCACUCGGGCUCUGCUCACGGCUGUGGGUGUUGGCGACGCUUCCGCCACCGUCACCGGCGCCGCUCUGGCGUGGCUGCUGCGCGAUGGGGUGGGGAUUGUGACUCGCAUCACCUUCGCCUGGCUGCAAGGGAGCCACCUGGACUGUGAAGCCAAGCAGUGGCGGCUGGCGGCGGACCUGCUGAAUGACGUAGCGCUCGUGACGGAGCUGUUGGCGCCUGUCUGGCCGCGCGCCGGCCCCGCCCUCCUGCUGCUGGCGGCCGCUGUCAAGUGCGUGGUGGGCGUGGCGGGAGGGGCCACGCGGGCGGCGCUCGCCGUGCACCAGGCCCGAAGCGACAAUGUGGCCGACGUGGCCGCCAAGGAUGGCAGCCAGGAGACGCUGGUGAACGGGGUGGGGCUGCUGCUGGCGCUGGUGCUGCUGCCCCUGCUGGACGGGCGGCCGUGGCUGACAGCGGCAGUGGCGGUGCUGCUCGUGGUCGGUCACGUGGUCGCCAACGUGGGUGCCGUGCGGUCCCUGUGCCUGCGCGCCCCCAACCGGCCCCGCCUCCGCCUCGCGCUCCGCGCCGCCCUUAGGGGCGGGGCCACGGUGGGCGGCGGCCAAUCAGCAGGUA